GAGGGCAGAGGGCAGUGCGAGGACCGCGGCUGGGCCAUGGCGGCGUCUGGGGAGCCCGGGCGGCCCGAGGAGGACGAGGCGGCGCUGGUGGUGGUGGUGGGCUCCUGCAUGACCGACCUGGUCAGCCUCACUUCUCGUUUGCCAAAAACUGGAGAAACCAUCCAUGGACAUAAGUUUUUUAUUGGCUUUGGAGGGAAAGGUGCCAACCAGUGUGUGCAAGCUGCUAGGCUUGGAGCAAAGACAUCCAUAGUGUGCAAGGUUGGCAAAGACUCUUUUGGCAAUGAUUAUAUAGAAAACUUCAGACAGAAUGGUAUUUCUACAGAAUUUACAUAUCAGACCGAAGAAGCUGCUACAGGAGCUGCUUCUAUAAUUGUCAAUAAUGAAGGCCAAAACAUCAUCGUCAUAGUGGCUGGAGCAAAUUUGCUUUUGAAUUCUGAAGACCUAAAGAAGGCAGCCAAUGUCAUUAGCAGAGCCAGAGUAAUGAUCUGCCAACUAGAAAUAAGUCCAGCAACUUCUUUGGAAGCACUGAUAAUGGCCCGCAGAAGUGGAGUGAAAACCUUGUUCAACCCAGCUCCUGCCAUGGCUGACCUGGACCCCAAGUUCUACAGCCUCUCAAGUGUGUUCUGCUGCAAUGAGAGUGAGGCUGAGAUUUUAACUGACCUCGUGGUGGGUAGCCCAGAGGAGGCUGGGAAGGCUGCGUUGGUGCUUCUAGAGCGGGGCUGCCAGGUUGUGGUCAUCACCUUGGGAGCUGCAGGUUGUGUGACUCUGUCACAGAUGGAACCUGUCCCAAAGCACAUUCCAACGGAAGCAGUUAAGGCUGUGGACACCACGUUUUUAGAGGCUGCUGACGGUAAUCUUGCUGCUUAUAUACACAUGCGCUUAUAUCCAAUCCUUGGCACCCAACAUCCUGGACAAAACAAAAACAAAAACAGGAUUCUGGGGGAUAUUCUGGAAGUGUGCCAGAAUUGGUGAAUGAUUGAAAGCGUCCUCCUGUCGCUGUGUGCUGUGUAGUGAUGGCCUUCAGCACCCUCUUCCUGCAGCAUCUUGGAAAAAGUGACACCUAAAUUUCCAUCAGAUUUCACUAUAAACAAGGACUUGCCCACAGAAAUAGUGGGAAGAACGGUUAACCUGUAGCUCUGCA